AUGUCUGACAAAACACCCCGAUAUCUCACGCAGCCCCAAUACAACUCAAAGGUUCUCGUUCGUGGUAAUCCGGACUACGAGCGAUGCCGUCGCAACAAUCCAACCGCCGACACUCCAUCCCGCUUCCCACGGGAAAUACACAUAGUUGAAACGCCCCAAGAUGUUUCAAAGGCUCUUCAGCGUGCCACUGAGCUUGGGGUGCCUGUUGGCAUCCGCUCAUCUGGCCAUAUUAUGAACAUGCCCAACCUUAUUGAAGGCGGUAUACUCAUCGAUACAAUCAACCUAAACCGACAGAUUGACUAUGACUCAGUUACACAAGAGAUUACAUUCGGCCCAUCUUGUCGUGUAGAGGAACUUGCGGCAAGAUUGAAAGAGAUCAACCGGUUCUUCCCCCACGGGCAUGCUCCUACCGUAGGCUCAGGCGGGUUCCUCUUGGCUGGUGGUCAAGGCUGGUUUGUCCGUGGUUGGGGCGCUACCAAUCAAACAUGGCUUACCAAGAUCGAAAUAGUUGUUCCGGAUGGACGAACUGUUAUUGCCAGCCGUACCGAGAACCGAGAUUUAUUCUGGGCAGCACGUGGCAGCGGCCUGGGUUUCUUUGGUGUUGUCACUAGGUUUUGGGGACGAACUAUCAAAACCUCGCUCAUGUGGGAGCGGAUCCUUAAGUUUGAGAUUAAUACUGAUAACUACAUGACUCUUAUGUCAUGGGCGAUUGAGAGGGGGCGCGAUACCCCUAAAUACGGCACAGACCUAAACCUCACUAUUGACUACCCAGAGAAAUUCGACCCGUCUUAUACCACAGAUGCCAUUCCUCCUAGUGGCAAGCUUCAUCUGACGCUCAACCUGCUCUGCUACUCGGACAACAUCAGAGAGGCGCGAACCUUGCUCAGCGCCUAUGACAAGAUCACUCCCGAGGUCCAGGAGAGCCUCCUUAAGAUGGAGCCCGUACAAAGGAGAACCGUGGAAGAGGUCUUUGCUCGAAAGCGCGGAUUCCUCGGUAAUGCUGGGAAUGACCGGUGGCAAAUCAAUAGCAUCAUGAAUGACCCGGAUGUCCCUCUAGAGAGACUCCUGGAAGCUAUCAAGCCAGCCAUGCUUGAGCUUCCCACGCGCACGUCUUCUGUGUUCUUGUGCCACUGCGAUAUCACACCAGACGAGGAAGAUGCAUGUCUCAGUCUGCCCCAGGAUCUCUACAUCUCUACCAUCACAGGAUGGACGGAUUCCCGGCUCGAGCCAGCCAUUUAUCAGCCCAUGCGCGACAACUACAGGCGUGCUUUCCCUGUGGCUGUGGGACAAUAUAUUACUGAGAUUGAUGUUAAUAACGACGAUGCGAAUAACAAGGUACUCAGCGACACUGCUUUAGCUAAAUUCCUCAAGAUCAGAGAGAAGUGGGAUCCGAACGAACUAUUCCCUAACUAUAAAACUUUCAUCCGGGCCCAUGAUAAAAUCAACCGCAUGAAAAAUAAAGCCCAACUGUAA